AUGUCUACGUUCAGUGCGUCUUUAUUAAGGCUUAAGUUGUUGGAUGCGUUGAGAAGUGGUGAUACCCAUAAGGUUGAUUCCGUUUUGAACGAACUUCAGUCAACCCCACACACCACGCAAACGCAAGAUGUUUCUGUAUUGAAGGAGACAGUUUUGCACUACGCAGUUCAGGUUGCUCCGGCUUCAAUCUUAGCAUACUUGAUCACCAAUGCCUCUAAGUUCAACAUUGAUUUGAACAGUCAGGACGCUGAUGGUAAUACUCCAUUACACUUAGCCGCAGCUGCCUCGAGAGGUGAUGUGGUCAAGUACUUGUUGGCAUUGCCGAAUAUCAACGAUACCAUUGUUAACAAGCUGAAGCAACAACCGGUAGAAUUGUGCCGUGAUCCUAAUAUUGCUCAAUUGAUGCAAUUUGAGCGAGCUAAGUUCGUGGAGAAAUCCUCAAUACAAUUAAGACAAUUUUUCUCCAACAGAGACUUUGAUUCCUUGGAAGGAUUAUUGGUUCACAACCCUAGAGCCCUGGAAUUGUUAGACAUAAAUGGUGCAGAUCCCGACACUGGCAACACUGUCUUGCACGAAUUCAUCAAGAAAGACGACUAUGAAAUGUGUGAAUGGCUCUUAAAGCAUGGAGGUGAUCCCUUCAAGAGAGAUAAGAGGGGUAAAUUGCCUAUUGAUUUGAUUUCCAAUAAAAAAGAUGACCAAUUGAAAAAAUUAUUGAAGCUGGCAUCUAGAAAUAGUAACUUGAUGGAUCCUGUAAUAAACACAAAUAAUGCAAUUAAAGCAGGGAACAGCCCCACAUACAAGGGAUACUUGAGGAAAUGGACAAAUUUUGCUUCCGGCUAUAAAUUGAGAUACUUUUUGUUAGAUUCCAAUGGGAUUUUGAGUUAUUACACCAAUCAAGACGAUACAAACAACGCCUGCAGAGGUUCGUUGAACUUAAGCUUUGCCUAUUUACAUCUUGAUAGCAGUGAAAAAUUGAAAUUUGAGAUUAUUGGCAAGAAUGGUAUCAGAUGGCAUUUGAAAGCCAACCACCCAGUCGAAACCAAUAGAUGGGUUUGGACUUUACAAAACGCAAUUACGAUUUCUAAAGACAAUUUAAAGAGACUAAGACAUGAAGAGAAAUCGAAUGUAGCUGCGGGUGCCAAAUCUCUGACACCGGGACCUACUUCGAACCCUAAUGCCAGCAACCUUACUGUCAACACUUCAGGAAAUACAGGCAGUGCAGGGCCUCAGUCACCUUCUGCUGCUCUUUCUCCAAAUGAUGCUAGUUUUACUGGUAGACCAUCUACUGAUGAUCAAGCUUCCACCAGUUCUGGUAGAAGAUUAUUCCAUAUUCCAGGCAGAAGAUCAUCUAAACACAAAAGGAACAGUUCUCAAACAUCCGUUUCGUCUGUGGGAAGCGAAAAUGGUAAUUCCAAUUUUGAAAAGGCUAAUACUCCGACGCCACUUUCUCCUAAUUUAAAUAAAAUUAGGGAAGGCUUGCCCGAUGCAUCCAAAUCGGAUAUACAGAGUACUUUGACCAAUGAAUCGGAUGCAGAAAACUUUUAUUACGAGUCUGACGGAGACUUUGAAAGUGAAGAUGAAGACGAAGAUUCAUACGAACCUGGUUCUGAAAGCUCAAACUUAGCCUUUGAGAAUUUAAGUAACCAAGUGUCCACUUUGAAGGGAAGCUUAGACGUUGGUAUUACCUCCUUAUUAGAAUUAUUUCAAAAGAUCGAGAAGUCACCUAGUAGUAAUGAUUCUAACGAUGAAAUAUACAAGGUAGCUUCAUUGACGUUGAAAACCAUCCAUGAAUCCUUCAAGAGCUAUAAUACACUCAUUGAAUCUAGAGAUGCAAAGUUAAUGAGAAAAUUAGAUAGACAAUUGGAAAUCAACAAAUUAUGGGAAAAUUCUAUCCAUCAAUUAGAAGACGAAAUCUCUAAAAGAGAAGAUAAGUUGGCUGAAUAUCAGGGCCAAAAGAAACAAUUGAAGAAGUAUAUCACAGAGGGAAACAUUUCAGUCGGCCCUGUUAAUGUUGGUACUACUGGUAUUGGAAAAGGCGGAGUUAUAGGACUUGGCCAUGGUGAAACAUCCAAAAAUCUUGAAAGCAAUGAAAAGGAAGUAUUGGAUGAGAUUUUGGAAGAUUCUGAUGAUGACGAAUUUUUUGAUGCCGAUGAAGAAAAGGAUUUACUCCUGACUGAACAAAAUAAUGACGUUCAAAUCAUGCAGACCGUUGAAGAAGGGAAAGAAAAGGAAAAGAAAGAUUCAGGAGACCCACCACCAUAUACUCCAGCAACAAUAGCUACUGAUAAGGAGACUGAUACUGACUCAGAUGUGGAUCCAAAGAAGGACAUGGAUUUCUCCGAGAAGACCCAUACUAAGUCACAGGAAGAUAAACUCACUAGGAUCAUGGAUGAAGGAUCAUUCCUUGGUUAUGAAAAACCUUUCAGAACUAAGUUGGCUAUGGAUGAAGAUAAUCGUCCGAAGGUUGGAUUGUGGGGUAUCCUUAAGUCAAUGAUUGGAAAAGAUAUGACAAAAAUGACUUUACCAGUCUCUUUCAACGAAUGUACAUCUUUAUUACAAAGACUUGCUGAGGAUAUUGAAUACUCUUCUCUUUUAGAUACAGCUGCCCAGAGUGAUGAUUCGACAUUGAGAAUGGUAUACGUUGCUGCAUUCGGUGCUUCAGAGUACGCAUCAACUAUUAAUAGAAUUGCCAAACCUUUCAACCCAUUAUUAGGUGAAACAUUCGAAUACUGUAGACCAGAUCAAAAAUACAGAUUAAUAGUUGAACAGGUCAGUCAUCAUCCACCUAUCAGUGCUUGUAGUGCUGAAUCAGUAAGUUGGGACUACUAUGGUGAAAAUGCAGUUGAUUCUCAAUUCAGAGGUAGAUCAUUUGAUUUCAAGCAUUUGGGUAAAAUGUUCUGUGUCGUCAGACCAAACAAUGGAGUGAUUGAUAAACAUGGCAACAAAGUUGAAGAAGAAUUGUAUAGCUGGAAGAAAGUUAACACUUCUGUUGUGGGUAUCAUUGUUGGUAAUCCAACUGUCGAUAACUUUGGUAAGAUGGAAGUCACUAAUCAUACCACUGGCGAUAAGCUUAUUCUUGAUUUGAAGCAAAGAGGAUGGAGGGCUUCUUCAGCUUACCAAUUAUCCGGACAUGUAACCGAUGCCAAAGGAAAAACGCAUUGGGCUAUUGGAGGACAUUGGAAUUCUAAAAUUUUCGCGAAGAAGGUUACCGAGACUCCAAGCAGUGACAGAAGAGACUCCUUAAUUGAGACAAGUGAUUCCGCAGCCUCGAAAUUGAGCUCUGAUCCUUAUAGUGGAAACAAAUUCCUUGUCUGGCAAGCUGCUCCAAGGCCCAAGGUUCCAUUCAAUUUGACCCAAUUUGCAAUCACAUUGAAUGAUGAUAACGACAACUUGAAGCCAUGGUUAGCACCAAGUGACACUAGACUAAGACCUGAUCAGAGGGCUAUGGAGAAUGGUGAUUAUGACUUGGCCUCUUCAGAAAAGCAUAGAGUAGAGGAAAAGCAAAGAGCUGCAAAGAAGCAAAGAGAAGCUAAAGGUGUGGCUUAUAAACCAAAUUGGUUUGUGAAGAGAAAGCAUCCAGUUACUGGUGACGCAUACUGGGAGUUCAGCGGUGAAUAUUGGAAGCAGAGAAAGGAAAAGAACCUAGAGAAGAGUGCUGAUAUCUUUUAG